UCUGUAAUAUUUUAAUCUCUUAAAGCAUAUAGGUAAUCUCAAAGAAGCUGCAAAGUGGAUGGAUGAAGCACAGUCUUUAGAUACGGCUGAUAGAUUCAUAAAUUCCAAAUGUGCAAAAUAUAUGCUUCGAGCAAAUAUGAUAAGAGAAGCAGAGGAAAUGUGCUCCAAGUUCACAAGGGAAGGAACAUCUGCCAUGGAAAAUCUAAAUGAAAUGCAGUGUAUGUGGUUUCAAACAGAGUGCAUUUUAGCUUAUCAGCGUUUGGGGAGAUAUGGGGAUGCCUUGAAAAAAUGCCAUGAAGUAGAAAGGCAUUUUCUUGAGAUAACCGAUGAUCAAUUUGACUUCCAUACAUACUGCAUGAGAAAGAUGACUCUUCGUGCCUAUGUUGAUCUUCUGAGAUUAGAAGAUAUGCUCAGAAGACAUGCCUUCUAUUUCAAGGCUGCUAGAUCAGCAAUUGAAAUAUACUUGAAAUUGUAUGAUAACCCCUUAACCAAUGAAAACAAACAACAAGAAAUAAAUUCAGAAAACCUGUCAGCUAAAGAAUUGAAGAAAAUGCUUAGCAAGCAGAGAAGAGCUCAGAAAAAGGCUAAAUUAGAAGAAGAGAGAAAGCAUGCGGAAAGGGAACGUCAACAAAAAAAUCAAAAGAAAAAAAGGGAUGAUGAAGAAGAAGAAGCCAGUGGUCUCAAAGAAGAACUUAUACCUGAAAAAUUAGAAAGGGUAGAAAGUCCGUUGGAAGAAGCUAUCAAGUUCCUCACACCACUUAAGAACCUUGCUGCUGAUAACAUUGACACUCAUCUAUUAGCAUUUGAAAUAUAUUUUAGAAAAGGGAAGUUUCUGUUAAUGUUGCAGUCUGUCAAACGAGCUUUUGCCAUAGACAGUAAUAACCCAUGGUUACAUGAAUGUCUAAUUAAAUUUUCUAACUCUGUGUCUAACCAUAGUAAUCUUCCAGACAUUGUGAGCAAAGUUCUAUUUCAAGAAAUGCAGAAGCUAUUUUUCAACAAGGAUUUGAAAAGUUUUAAUGAGGAUUUUCUCAAACAUAAUGCUACCUCUCUUCAGCAUUUACUUUCAGGUGCUAAAAUGAUGUAUUUUCUGGACAAGUCAAGGCAAGAGAAAGCAAUCGCCAUUGCCACUAGACUGGAUGAAACUAUAAAAGAUAAAAAUGUAAAAAUUUUAAUAAAGGUUUCUGAGGCACUGCUUGAUGGAAGCUUUGGGAACUGUAAUUCCCAAUAUGAAGAAUACAGGAUGGCCUGUCACAGCCUGCUCCCUUUCACGUCUGCUUUCCUGCCUGCUGUGAAUGAGGUCAGCAGUCAAAGUGUGGCACUAAACCAUAUGGCCAACUAUGAUGUCUUGGCAAAUGAAAUUUGAAAUCCCAUAGAAAAUUGGCUCCUAUAGAUUCAAAGCUGACUUCAGAUCAGGGUUCUUUUCAGGGUGUAUUUUAAUAUAGAUAUGAAGUGAAAUAAUUGGAUAGUUUUUUUCAAUGGAGUAUUCUGUAAGCUUAUUCUAUUUUUUAUCUGACUCUGCCAGUAUACAUAAGCAUCUGUUAAAAUGACCUGUUUAUACUUGUACAGUUUUCUUAAACUUUAGAAUUAUCAGCAUUAUGAUGGUGCUGUCACUUCUUUAUCAUAAAUAUGAUAAUUACAUUUUAAACUAAGGUGUAUACGGUCUCACUCUUAUUUUUUUUAGAUCCUGGUUUUAGACUCUAUGGUUUGAUCCUUUAUUGAUUUGUCUUAUUGUUUUUUUGCUUACUUUUUAAUGAAAACACAUCAGUUUUAAAGUGGUAACUAUAUGUAUGUUAAAAACAAUAUGGAACUUCUUUUGUCAGAUAUUGAGGUUUAGUUUAAAAUUUACUUCAGUUUGCCCUUUUUUUUUCUCUUAAUUUUUUCCUGAUUUAUUAUUUUUUAAUAUACAUGAAAAUGAAAAUUUCUUUUGAUUCAGAAUGUGGGGAUUGGUUUGCCUCUUAAUCACUGAAAUUCACUGAUAAAUUUAUUGUGUAUCUCUAGGUCAGUCUUAAAAGUCCCACAAGCAAGAAUUAUGCUUUCUUGGCUAAAUUGCUUUGUGUAUUAAUAAAUAGUUUAUAUCUGAGUGGCAUAUGCCUCAAGGAAGCAUAAUAGAGCAGAAUACAAAUUAUAAUGAAGCAUCUUUACUCUUGUAGUCAUACAUAGACUACUAAAUAUGUUUUUAUAUCAGCAGAAUGGGAAUUUAAUCUAUUAGUUUAAUUAUUAAAACAGUAUUGUCAGGCAAUUUUUGUGGAGGAUAGCUAUUUCCUUCUUGUAUAGAAAACGGUAGUGGAAUCAUUCAAUAUGUUUCUUGCAGAACUGUGUAAAUAUGUCUGUAAUAUGGAUACUUCCCUUUAAGGCAAAUAUAAAUUCAAAAGGGAGAUUUUAUUUAGAGAAAUAGUUCUAAUUAAUAUGAUUUUCUUUCACUCUAAGCUAUUUUAGAUUCAUAAUUAUUGAGAGAAAAACACUUACUGUAAAACAAUGUCAACCUAUAUAAAGCUGUAAUAAAUUAUUUUGUACAGAGCUG